CCUCCCCAGGUCACUCCCCGGGCUGGGCUGCUCGGGAGCAGCUCACUCCAGAGAGUGCCCAGCCUGUGGUCAGCUACCCCAGCCAGCCCUGAGGACAGAGCUCUCUCUCUCCUUCUCUCUUUAACAACCUCUCUCCUCACAACCCCGCUGGGUUCACCCUCCCCUGCCCCCCCACACCAUCCCAUCCUUCCUGCCUCUUCCUCCAUCUUCUCCCCCCCACACUUCCCCCACCCUUGAUAAGGCUGGAGCAGGGAAGCUGCCGGACCCCUUGCCUCUGCCCCUUUGGUCACAAGGACAACCCACGCCAUCCAGCGAGGCCCCCGGCCACCUUACCUCUGGACACUGGAUAAGGUCCCGAGGACAGACAGACAGAGGAACAGCAUGGAGGGAGCCUUCUACAUCGCGAUGUUCCUGGCUGCUUCUGUCGUCAGCCUGGCAAGUCCUCUGGAGAAAGCUGACUGCACCCUGGAGCUCCCGGACUCUGAAACAGGAAAGGUGACAUACACCACAAAUCAGGUCUCCUGGGGUUGCUUGGGCCAGAAACCCCCCAACUCUACCCGGGAAGUCCAUGUCCUCAACCUGAGGUUUCCAAAGGAUUUCUCAGAAUUGAAGCUAACCAUUCAGGUCAGCAAGGGGAAUGUCCCACAGCCCCGAGAUGUCCAUGUCAUCCUCAAUGUCCAGGGUUACGUUAACCUCUUGCUGCAGGCCCCAGGAAUUCCAGUCAGCCUUUCCUUGGAUCCUACAAAGGUCUUCUUAAAAGAAGCGUAUGUCGACUACAGUGUCUUACCAGACUUCUCCAGAAAGGAAGAGCUCCUUAACUGGGCCCAGAGGACACAUGGCGACCUUACCUCCUAUGCAGAGAUGGAUGACCCCCAGAGCAUCAUCCUCCACGUGGGUCAAGCCCUAGCAUCUACAUUCCCAUGUGUCCCGGAGUCUAACUUCGACAUGGGCAACCACCUAACAUGGAAGGCCAUUGCACCAGGGGUCAGAGGCUGCCGCUUCAGCAAGGGGCUGGGCAAGAAAGUGGCUCACAUUCUGAAGGUCACACAGGGUUCCUCAAGCAGCCCUCAGACAGUGGAGGUGAAGAUGGACUUGAGCUGCCCUUCGGGGAAUCUGGCUCCCACACUGGAGACUGUGCUGAUCCUGCAGGGACCUCCCAAUGUCAAUUGGCUGAUUGACUCCAACCACAAUGUGCAGAUCGGGACCACAGGUGAAUACUCCUUCAAGAUCUUUCCUGACAAGAGCAUCCCUGGUUCCAUCCUCUCUGACACUAUCCAGGGACUACUUCAUGAGGCCCAGAGGAAGUUCAAUGCUAGCAUCAUCGCCUCCUACGUGGAGAUUCCACCUACCAGCCACAUUGCCCUAUGGGCCCCUAGUUGUGCUCCCAAGAUAGAAACCUCACCUUCUCCAGUGCUGACAACCCCACCCAUGAUGUCUUGUUAUUUGCCUCUGCUGAGUUCCCUGCUUUUGCCCCAGUGCUCCCCAGACAGCAUGACACUGGUGUUAAAGAAGGAAUUUAUCAUGGUCCUGAACUGUCAGAUCAACCAUCUCUCCUUCCGGGACCCCACUUGCCAGUCACAAGAGAAAGAUAACCAGCUAGUCUUGAGCAGUACCUUCUAUGGGUGUGGUAUGAAUGUGAAGAAAGGUGUCAUUUUAAACAACGAGGUGGCUGUAACCUUGGCCUCCAGCUCUGUUCCAAUUCUGAUAGAGGUUGAGUGUCUUAACACCAGUGCCUUCUCUGUCCACAUGGAUGCCUAUAGCAGCCAGCAAUUCCUUCGAACCUCCAGCACCAUUGAGCUGGGACAACGGGUCUAUGUACAGGUGAUAGUGACCCCAGCAAUUGAAGAGCUCACUGCACACCUGGACAGCUGCUCCCUGGACCUGGGGCCAGAGGCUGACCCUGUGGAACUAAUCCAUGACCAGAUGGCCAAGAGCCCCCGGGUGAACUUCCUGGCAGCAGACUCCAACAGGAUCCAAUUCAGCUUCCUUCUCCGGGGUCACAUGGUGCCCACACCGAUGGCCGCCACACUUAGCUGUAACGUAGGACUGACCCUCCAGAACAAACACGAGACCAAGACUCUCGUUAAGACCUCUAUGAAGUUAAACAUCAGCAAUCCCAUACCAACAACCCAAGGCCUGGGCAUGCCUGCUGUCCUGGGAAUCACAUUUGGAGCCUUCAUCAUUGGAGCCCUGCUCACUGCUGCCCUCUGGUACAUCUACUCCCAUACCCGUCCUCCAGGCAAAAGGCAGCCAGUGAUGGCCACAGGGCCAGCCUCCGAGAGCAGCAGCACCAACCACAGCAUUGGCAGCACUCAGAGCACGCCCUGCUCCACCAGCAGCAUGGCAUAACCCACCCUAACUCACCCCCACUGGCUCAGCUUGUACCAUCUUCAGCCUGAGAAGGCUCACUUGGCACCCUCUACCUGGACCAUGUCUCCAAAUUCCAGGAACCGUGCCUGCAUUUUUCUACACUCUGGACUUUUGAAGAGUCAUCCUGGGUCCAGCCUCUUUGGACCAAAGAUGGUUGAGGGGUGUGGGGGUGGAAGGUAAGGCCAGGGAGUCAUCAUGAGCCUGACACCCUCAGAGACAAACUACACCCCCUACACACACCCAAGAGCAGAAAUGGGUGUUGGCAGCGCCUUCAGGAGAGACUGGCACAGCUGAUAACCAGGAGUCUGGGCCCCAGACUCUUACACAUUCAAUGAAUGGUUGUGUCCACCCAAACCCCAGCCCUAAAGACAAUCCUGUCCCAGAGCUUGAUGAGUCACAGCUUCAGGUCAUGGACAGAACCUCUUCCUCCACCUCUCUCAAGAUGGGUCCCAUCUCAAAUCACCUUGAGUUCAUCACUGGGAAUCUGGGUUCCAAAAGACCACCUCUCAACCGGUCGUGAAGUUUCAGGGGUGAGAGGCAUACUUCCUGAGCUGUAUAUAUGCCUCACGGUAUUUCUAUGUUAUUGUAUAAAUGUAUGUUAUUUUAAUAUUGGUCCAGAGUUUUUUGAGCUCUGGAGAGUUUGCAGAUAAAAGGGAAUGAGUGAAUUUUAUACCAA